AUGUCACGUAUGAGGAAACAUUUUGGUUUCGUUAGAUUUUCGGGUAAUGUUAAUGUUGAUCAUAUAAUCAAGAACCCUUGUGAUGUGUGGUUCGGGUAUCACAAGAUGUUUGCUUCUAUUCCUCAUAUUCCUAAGAAAUAUCUCAAUAUCCAUAAGGUCCCAUCUAAGGUCGAGAAACAUGAAAAAUUAUCUAUUUCAUAUGCAAAUGUGGUAAGAGGUAGUCAUAGUGAGAAGCCAAUUUCAGAAAAAGAAGAUUUGGUCAUUGUUCUUGAUUUUGGGAAGUUUUUUAUUGAUAACAAAAAGUUGGCGUGUUUAGCUAAGGCUCGUGACUUUAGUACUCUUCCUAAUUUGGGAAUGUUGUGCCAUAAUGGAUGUUUUGAUAAUUUUACUAUUCGGUAUGUGGGUGGUCUUUGGGUGAUGUUUGAAUUUAAGUCCAAAGAUGCAUGUAAAAACUUCUUGACCUAUGAUGCGGUUAAUAAUUCGAUUUUUAAAAAAAAGAAAAUGCGACAAAAACUUCGUGCCAUCCGAUCGCAUUGUGUGGCUUGA